CACAAAAGCAGGAAUGGAAGGACUGGACCGUGACAAAAUAAACGAAAUUAUUAUGGAAGCCUCGCGGGGGUCAAUCAACCAACAGGAGAGAGAACAGUCCAUACAAGAACGAGUUAAUAAACUAACUUAACCGAGGAAAUGAUUCAAAAAGGCACCAAUUCGGCAGAUUUGGUCAUCCAGAAAAUCAAGGAAAAUGCAGACUUAUCUCGCACAUUUCUCCACAUCGACCUGGACUCAUUUUUUGCGUCAGUGGAAUUGCUGGACCGUCCUGAUUUGGCCGACAAGCCAGUGGGGAGUACAUCAAUGUUGGCCACGUCCAAUUACAUUGCAAGAAGGUUUGGUGUGCGUGCUGGGAUGGCUGGAUUCAUUGGACGCAGACUUUGUCCCGAUUUGGUCAUCAUUCCCUCCAAUCACUCCAAAUAUACUCAAAUUAGUCAUCGAAUUAGAACUAUUAUCGCCACCUAUGACAGGGACUUUCAUGCGGGCAGUCUGGACGAGGCUCUUCUCUCACUCGACUCCCAUCUGCAAGCCCGUCUACAAUCAACUCCCCAAGAUCGCACAUUUCUGGAAGCCACUCUCAAUGCAGGCGGCUGUUCGUGUCACCUUCCUAUGAAUAAACUGACAAGUCAGUCUCUCCAUGCUCAAACAAUGACUUUGGUGGAUUCCACGACGUGUCAGAUUUGUUCGCUUGUCAUCGAAGGGGACCGAAUUUGGAGGACAUUUGGCACAGGCGUGGAGGAUGUGGCCCAAGAACUUCGUUUCCGGAUCAAACAACACACUCGGCUGACAGGCUCAGUGGGAGUAGCCCACAAUUCAAUGCUGGCCAAAAUAUGCAGUGAAAUAAAUAAACCGAACGGGCAGUAUAUUUUGGACAAGUCAAGCAUUUCCUCAAUUGGAGAAUUCAUGGCUGAAAUGCCAGUUUUGAAAGUGCCUGGAAUUGGGAAAGUGACGACUGUCCUUCUCAAUGCGAUUGGAGUUUGGACAUGUGGGGAUAUUCUCAGUCAGAGAGGACUACUGACUUGUCUGUUCAAGUCCGUGGAAUAUUUUCUAAGUGCGGCCAUUGGCCUGACCAAGUGUCGCCUAAAUAUAAGUCAGCAAAAGUCGAUUAGUGUUGAGCGGACAUUUCCCUCGACUGGUAGUCUGAAUUAUCUUGUAUCCAAAUGUGGAUAUCUCGCCUGUAUUCUACACGAGGAAUUGAUUAAGGAAGAUUUCGAAACACGGGGAUUGUCCAUCAAACUCAAGACUGACAAAUUCAAAAUAUCGACUCAUUCGCUUCUAAUUCACUCCUACACUCAAAAUCUAUCAGUAAUAAGUACUGCGUGUAUUGGACUUGUCAAAAGACAGUUGUCGUCUUCUCGAUUUGCUGGAAGGUCUUUUCGAUUGUUGGGAAUUCGUGCCUAUCGAUUAAGACCUGCAACUUCUCAGAAUUAUAUUGACAGAUUUACUGUGGUUGGAUGUGUCAAUACCUGUUGUUGUGCAUGCUGUGGUUCUGCUAAAAGGCAAAAUAUAAAAACUCAGAUGCAGCCGCCAAUCAAAAAUCAGAAGAAAAAAAGUAAUAAAAAGCAAAAACGGGAUAAGCACACCUCCAAAAUUACUGACUAUUUUUUAAAGAAUAAACAUUUUGUGUAA